AUGAUACCCAGAGCAAUUCUCCUACGCACACUGCGCCAAACCACAACUCCAAGACGCACAAUCCAACCCCUCACACGACCCAGACGGAUCGCUCCAUCAACCACACGCAAUGCAUCCCACGUCCCAUUCCAGACCGUGAGAUGGCUAUCUUCCAAGUCCCUCGCAGACGAGAAGAUCGAAGAGAUUACAGAGCUCUACGCCACCGCGCAAGAUGAAUUCGAGAUUGCGUUCGAAGAGACGGAGAAGGUCACUGUCUAUGCUGAGGACGACCGCAAAGCUGCGAGAGAGGAGUUGACGAGGGUGCAAGAAGCGUACAAGGCGGUCGUGGAGGGAGAGGAUCAGCAGUUGGCGGAGGAGGUUAAGAGGCGGAUAGGGCAGAGGAUACGGGAGCUGGAGCAGGGGGUGGCUGCGAUGGAGGAGUUGGCUUUGAAUCAGGACUGA